AUGAAAGCCGCCGUAUUGAUCCUGAUUAUUUUCUACUUAAAACACAACUCCGCAUCUUCGCCUCGUUUAACCAAGAACUGUGGACUUGUUUCAGCAAAGCCAGACUCUGUGAUAAGCGAGCGCAUUUUGAACGGCACAAACGCAAGUCUUGGAGCUUGGCCAUGGAUGGUUGAAAUUUUAGAAGAUGACAGACACCGUUGCGGUGGAGCCCUGAUAAGCUCUCGACAUGUGUUGACAAGUGCUCACUGUCUGACCCAAACACCCAAGAGAUUCUUCAGAGUUUUGCUCGGGAGCUAUUCCAGGCAGCAAGCAGAGAAAGAAGGACUGAAGGAAGGAAUUCAAACCAUCUGCAUGUACUCUCAAUUUGUAAAGGGCAAAUUUGAGACUGACAUUGCCAUCAUAACACUGAGAAGACCUGUGGAUCGCUCAGAAACCAUUAAAGCAGUUUGUCUGCCCGACAACAGUGACAAUCCAGAUUGUGACGUUCCCAUGUAUGUUGCUGGAUGGGGAUACACUGAACCGGUCAUGUCGAAUAAUCAGUCUUUGUCUGAAGAUGUGGACGAGUUUGAUGCCAAAGAAGAUUUGAUGACAGUAAACUCCGGCUCCGAGGAAAAACCCCAAGAAGUAACUGAAGACACAGCAGAGUAUUCUUACGAGUAUUAUUAUGAUGCGACACCAAUGUACCCGGCCAACACCAUUCCUGAUAUGCUCCAAGAAGCCCGGGUUCAGUUAAUCCCAAAUGAGGAAUGCGAAGGGAUGUACAACGACUCGUCACUUCAUGGAAACAUCGUUUGCGCUAUGCACGACUUUGGAUCUAUAUGCUGGGGCGACAGUGGAGGGCCGUUGGUGUACAAGACAAAGGAUGACCGCUGGACCUUGAUGGGACUAGUAACCGCUACCGAGAUGCCAUGCAACGUCACCCAUCUCCCAAUGUACUUCGUUAGAAUUAGCCCCUUCAUGGACGACUUCAUCCUUCCGUGCGUUCAUGAUCCUAGUAAUUGCACAUGCAAGCCAGCAAUCAAUACAGAAUUCGGCGUUUAUAAUUAG